CCCACCUUUCACAGACAGAGUGCUUCGUAAGUCCGUUUGUCUCGUGUGUGCGUGCACGACGUAGAAUCAAGUCCCAAACAGACAUGACAUGGAUGUCAGCAGAUCAGACACGGGAAACGGCGUCAUUCAAGCAACGACCUGGUGGUGCGGUCAGUCAGAUGAAUGCUGGGUGCGGUGCUUUGUGUGGUCUAUCCUAGGCAAGUAUCCAAGGAAUAAUCAGCCCGUCCUCCCUCCCUCCCAAAUCUUCCUUUUGCUGUAGUGUAUGGCUUAUUCUACCCUCAGCCAGGGCAGCCAAUGCUGCAAGGAAAAAGAGGGGCUCUCCCACAGCCAACAAAAAGAGAGAGAGAGAGGCGCCCGUCCGCAUACCAGACACAUAUACACAGACGCACAUACACACCCAUCCAUAUACACCGUGCACGGACUACCAAUGCACACACAAAUCCCUCCCCCCUCUCUCCCCCUCCCCCCCGGCCGCCCGCCAUACGUCUAUCGUGUCGAUGCCUAUCUUCGUCGAUCUAAGCAGUGGCGGUGUACUGGCAGCCGGCCGGGAACUGGUCGCUCUUGACGCACUGUGCGUUGGCAGCGGUGCUCUUGGUGCACCCGAAGGCGGCGAAGGGGACGCCACCGCCCUUCUGGUGGACGUCCGUGAUGAUGUCGGCUCGCGUCUUGCGGCUGUCGCUCGACAGGCCCCACGACGACAGGGGCAACGUGGUGCCGGCUGGAAGCAUGAAAAACUCGUACCGGUGGAAGCCCUGGGGAGGCGUUGGUGGCGCGUAGGUCACCACCUGCAUCCACCCAUCCAUCCAUCCAUCCACCCAUCCACACAUGGUACUUUGCAGUCAAUGUGUGUCGCCCGCCCUCUCGCGCACCUCGCAUCCCUUCCACUUGUGUGAUCCGGUGCUGAGUGUGAUGAGAUGCUCGCCUCUGUGGCACUUGGGGUCCGGCUCCUCGCCAGGCGUUAGGGAAGUCACGUACCAAUGCAGCCAACCGAAGUUGCUCUGACCCGAAUCGCACCCAUGAGGGGCGUCUGACAUGACAAAGGGAUAUAUGGACGGGAGAGACGGAAACAGACACAACAGCCAGCCAGCAGGACAGGCAGGUGGGGAUGCGCCAUGAUUGUGUCCUGCACUCCGGGCUACCUGGGUCGAUGCACACGAUGGAUGCGCCCUUGGCUUCCUCGCCCAGCACGAGGUGCUUGGCUACAUCAGGCCCUUUCAUGGCCUUUGUGAGGUGGAAGGUGGGGGGGAACGACGCCAUUUUCACCGGGUCUACGCUGAACGCCGAUGCGGAUGCUGCACUCGACAGGAGGAAAGAGAUCCCGGCAAAGGACCGACGGAUCAUCC